AUGCCACCAAAGAAGAAAGGAAGGCCAAGGAAGGAACAAGAUGAACCCAAUCAAGCAUCAUGUGAUAGGUCUGAGAGGCAGGAACCUGUCCCUAUGCCACCAAAGAAGAAAGGAAGGCCUAGGAAGGAAAGGCAGGAAGCAAUUCCUAUGCCACCAAAGAAGAAAGGAAGGCCAAGGAAAAAGGUCCAUUCUGACCCAAAUCAAGCAUCAGGUUCUAAAUCUGUUAAAAGCAAAAAUGAUGGUUUAGAUGGUCAUGUUGAAGGUAGGGGAUGUGAGGAACAAGUGAAAGAUUUGUUUGACAAUGAAGAUAUUGAUGAUGACAGUCUGAUUGAUAUGAUGUGCACUUUUGAAGCUUUUCUUAGCCAACCAAAGGAUAAUUAUCAGAAAAGUGAUGGAUUCCAAGAUGCAAUGGAUGCUAUUAUUCAAAGUAUUCUUCAUGCUAAUGAUGACAAAGGUGUUGAGGAAGUUGAACCUGACAUGACAAAACAACUUGAUGAGGUUGAAGAUGCAAUGGAUGCUAUUCUUAAAGGUACAGAUGAAAAAAGUCAGUCUGAGAAUGAGGGAUGUGAAUGA